AUGUUCUCGGUCACUGAGUUUGCAUCCUUGAAUGACGUACAGCCAACAUACCGCAUCUUGAAGCCAUGGUGGGAUGUCUUCAUGGACUACUUAAGCUUGCUCAUGCUCAUGUUGGCACUAUUCGCCAUGACCAUGCAGAUCACCAAGGACCAGGUAGCAUGCCUUCCCUUCAUGGAAGAAUCGCAGGACUCUGAAAACGACUCGUACCCGAGCACGAAGGAAGUAAUGGCUAUGACGGACACCAGAGACGUACCGGCAAGUGCUGUCCACAGUUUUCAGAACUUGUAUCAAACCACCAAUAGAGGUGGAGAAAAAUUCACUCAUCAGCCAAAAGCGCUGGGAAUCAAAACCAAUCUGGACUUUCAGCAGUAUGUGUUUAUCAACCAAAUGUGUUAUCACCUUGUCUUACCCUGGUAUUCCAAAUUCUUCCCCUACCUCAUACUGAUCAACACAGUUAUACUCAUGGUCAGCAGCAAUUUCUGGUUCAAAUUCCCCAAGACCAGCUCCAAAAUAGAACACUUUGUUUCUAUUCUGUGCCGAUGUUUCGAGUCUCCUUGGACCACCAAGGCGGUGUCAGAAACGGCCUGCGAAGACUCCGAGGAGAACAAGCAGAGGUUGAGCGGAACCUCUUCUGUUCGCAAGAAGGCAUCCGCAGAGGGGAAGGAAGAAGGUUCAACCUCCACCUCCCCCGAUCUGGAAGGCGUGGUCUCCGCAGAUACCCCCAUCGCCGAAGCCCCGACGGCAAGUAUGCCCAUCUUGGAUAAAAAGGACGGCGAGCAGGCCAAAGCUUUGUUUGAGAAAGUACGCAAGUUCCGAGCUCACGUGGAGGACAACGAUUUCAUCUACAGGUUCUACUCAUCCCAGACCAUUUUCAAAACGGCCACCUUUAUUUCAAUGCUCUCCUACACGUCGAGCUUUAUGGUUAAGAUUAAUUUUAUUCACAUCUGCGAGACCGACGUCAAAGCAUUGGUCGGGUACGGGAAGUUUUACUGUACGCAUAACAUGGCGUUCAUGUUAGACAAGAUGCUCAUUUGCUACAUUGCUCUGAUGAUCAUGUACGGCAUUGUGUGUCUGUACUCCCUCUUUUGGGUUUUUCGGGGACCUCUGAAAGAGUAUUCCUUUGAGAAAGUCAGGGAAGAGAGCAGCUUUAGCGACAUUCCAGAUGUCAAAAAUGACUUUGCGUUCCUCUUACACAUGGUUGACCAAUACGACCAGCUAUACUCCAAGCGUUUCGGUGUCUUCCUGUCUGAGGUGAGCGAGAACAAGUUGCGGGAGAUUAGCCUCAAUCACGAGUGGAACUUCAAAAAGGCCAAGAAGUUUGUGACUCAAAACGCGCAAGACCAACAAGAGCUCCAUCUCAAGAACCUUUUUGGUCUCCCAAAUGUGGUCUUUGACCUUACCGACUUGGAGGUGCUGAAGCUUGAAAAGAUUCCCGAGGUCAGAUUCACUGCAAACGUUUCUCAGAUGACCAGUCUGAGGGAGCUUCAUCUCUACGACUGUCCGGCCAAAGUGGAGCGGACGGGCUUCGCCUUCCUCCGCGACCACCUUCACUGCCUUCACAUCAAUUUCACCGACGUGGCAGAAAUCCCCACCUGGAUCUUCUUGUUGAGGAAUUUGCGAGAACUUCAAAUCGUUGGCAACUUGAGCUUGGAAAAUAACAAGAUGGUGGGUCUGGAGUCCAUGCGUGACUUGAAGCAAUUAAAACUACUAUGCCUGAAAGGCAACCUUCCGAAACUGCCCCCCAACAUCACAGACGUGUCGCAGCACCUGGAGGUAUUAGUGGUGCACAACGACGGCACAAAACCAAGCGGACUCAAUACUCUGAAAAAAAUGAUGAACCUCACCAACCUGGAAUUGCAUUGUUGCAACCUGGAGAAGAUUCCUCACGCUAUUUUCAGUUUGAUCAACCUGCUGAAGUUGGAUCUCAAGUCAAAUAACAUCCAGACCAUAGAGGAGAUUGUCAGUCUCCAGCACCUAAAGAAAUUGACGUGUCUCAAAUUGUGGCACAACAAAAUCAAAACUAUCCCAUCGUCUAUUGACAAGGGCAAGUCUCUUGAAACUCUAGACCUCUCCCACAAUAAACUUGAAACCCUGCCGCUGACGUUGUUCAAGCUACCGCAACUCCAAAACUUGGAUGUGGCCCACAACUUAAUCAAGAUGCUCCCGGAGGAAGUGGGUCUUCUGGUGGCCCUGCAGCAUCUAGACAUCACUUCAAACAAACUGGAGACCUUACCCAACAAUCUGUUCAGGUGCUUCAAGCUGAAGGUGCUGUGCUUGGGCCACAACUACCUAAAGGAACUUUCAGAGUCUGUGGGUGAUCUGGUUCUGCUCGAACAUUUGGAGCUAGAGGGCAACAACCUUGAAAAGCUGCCCCCGCAGCUCGGAAAGUGCCGCUCGCUGCGCCGAAGUCAGCUCCUGGCGGAGGAUCGCAUCUACAUGACGUUGCCAGUGGAGAUCAGGGACAGCAUCAGUCGAGAUGAUGACAAGACCAUCACGAGUGCUUGA